CAAAAUAAAUAUCCCGAUAGACUGCGUCUCUAAUGUUGCCCGCUACCAUACAAAAAUCUGGGAAAGUUGCGAAGCGGAUGUUGGAAAUCGGAAAGCACCAACAGCAGAGCAGAAUAGAUCUUUCAUUGUUGAUUGUUGUUCUCGUGCAUCUGUGUAGAGACUGAAAGUGAAUUCAGUAGGCUGUAUCUUUGUAUAUUUUGAGUCCUAAGAAGACACAAUGCACCUUACAGUCAAAAUACUCAAUGGAGAAGAAUGUACCCUUGCGGCUUCUCCAAGUAGUCUUGUUAGUGAUGUAAAAGAACAGGUUCAAGCUUUGAUGUCUAUACCAGUAGCAGAUCAGAAGUUGUUGUUCAAGGGAAAAGCAUUGAUGGAUGCGAAACCUUUGCGAGAAUAUGGAGUGGAGGACAGCUGCAAGAUAACCCUGGUCAUCAAAAAAUCUGUCUUGAAAAGCACUGAGGCAUCUCUACCUACCACAUCCCCUCAGAAGAUUUGGCACUCACAGCCUGAGAGUCCGGUCUGGGAGAAAAUGAGAGUCUUUCUACGCCGUCAUUUCCGAGAGAGUGAUAUUGAGGCUGUAUUAAAUGCAUUUCGAGAGGAAUUUGAACGUAACCUGUCCAGUUUGAGUCUUGAUGACAUUGAGCGAUUUGCUAUGACGAAACUGCGAGUGGUAUGAUGAUCCGUGGUUCCGUGAAGUGGCAUAGUUUGUACUGACAUCUUGAAGGGCCCACGAUGAGCAAAAGGAAUAUAAGAAAAACACUGGAACUUUCUGUGAAGGGGAAAGGACCAUUCAGACUUUUGUUUGGUUAUAUUGCAUCUUUGAUAAUAUGGUUUUAAAAUUCACAUUGUGUAGAUAUCUAAAGUUGUGCCCCCCUCCCUCUCCAGAAGGUUGUAAGAUGGUUUUAGAUAAGUAAAUAUAAUAUAAAUGAUGGACGACUGAAAUUAAUUGUGUGUUUGCCCUUAGUGUUUCGUAGCGAAAGUUAUUUUUAUGUGUCAAAUCUGGAAACCUUCGAGAUUCAUGUGUAAAGAAUAAGCAAAUUUAAGAUUUGGAUGAUUCACCUCUUCACUAUUUAGCCGUAGCCCACUGUGUAGAUAUUCAGUCCAUUUUUCACUGUAAGGGGGUUAAAAGAAUCAGGCUGAUGGCGUGCAAAAGGGGACUCUGUAAACAUUUCACUGGUUGUUCCCCCUACUUGGAUAGAACAUAAGAAAUAUUUAACCAUUUUUCAUCGAAUUCAGAGUUUGUUUUUGACUGUGACGACAUUUAUUUUCCUGGCAGAAUGCACUGCCUCUCAUGUCAUAAAGUGUCAUAAUACCAGUUGUAUCCACCAUACAUGCGUGUAAAUGUAUGUCUGUUGUAUGUUUGACCCUUAACCUUUACACAUUUCAUAGAACAGUCUGGAGGAGAAUAACUUGGCUGACCAUGGCUUGCUGUGAAGAGUAAAUUUGUGUGAGUUUGUGCUUUUCUUCUUGUAUGAGUUUUGAAUGCAGUUGUUUGAUAGUGUCUUUGACUUUUGCAAUUGGUGUCCAUCAAUGAAGAUGUAAAUCUAUUGAUAAUAUUAUUCACCUCAUUUAUUUCAAGGCUAAAAUUUGAUAUAUAUGCAACCUUGACCAACUCUUGGCAGUGUGUGGGCCCAUCUAUGUGUUUUGAAAUGUAUUUAUUGGUGUGCCUCAAAUGUUUAUGUGCUGCAGAUGGUGAUUGUGCAUUGGUGAGACCUUGUUGACACCUUGCCUGUGCUGGAUGUGUUGAUCAGAGCCUGCAUGAGUGAAAGACUGACACUUCUCUUGCUUUUUAAAAAUUCGUUUCAUUCAUUUUCCAAGUGAAGAACCUACCUGUUUUGUAUUGUUGAAGUACUGUUGUGUCUCAUCAUUUGGUUCCUCGGUUUCCGAUUAGGUCAUCAAAUUCCAGUAUUGCUAUGUCAAGUAAGGCUUGACAUGGGUUGUUGGGUGUAAGAAUGUUGAAAGUAUGAGUUGAGGAAUCCAAAUUUUGACCUAAUGGUGGUUUGAAAGUUUUCUGUCCAGGUAUAUGACAUGUGUCUUUAAUAACAAAAGGUUUGCGGAAUGGAAAUCAGAGAUCCUUUCCUAGGCGGGACUAGAAAAUGUUUUAUUGCUUUCAUAGUUGAUUUGAUAUGGAAAACUCGGAAGACUCUUUUAAACCAUCCAUCUUUAGAUGUGCUGACAGGUGGCUGCCCAGGCCAUGCACAGGGGUAUAGUAAUUGGUAGCUUGAAUGCAAAAAAAUUGGUCCCUAUAAACUAUAAAGUCAAAAAGCAACAACUCCAAAAUUACAUUUUUGUGGUAAAAUAAACUCAAAGCCUUGUAUUUGUAAAUAUGGGUAGAUGAAUAACUAAAGAAUCACUUUUUAUUGGUACUCAAUUUUUGUUUUAAAAAUUGAUUUUUGAUCCUUAUCGCCCUUUUAACUCAGUUUGAGCAAAUGUGUCUUGCGGUACCUUUCUCCAGGCACACACACAUAUAGAUAUAUGCAUGUCUAUAUACACCUGGGAGGCUUUAGUGAGAAUUUUUAAUUUCCCCUCCUCAGAUAAGCUUUUUAUUGCUUUUCUUUCAUGAAAGUGUAAUGUGUGUCACGGUGUAGUGGAAUCAGGCGCUCGUCAGUCUUUGGGCAUGUGGAGUUAUUAAUAUCUCAUCUUAAAGCUCGUACAUUUGUCUCAUUUUCUAUGAAAAUACCCAUCUAUCUUGAAUGGAAGUUCAGAUAUUUGCGAUUGAAGGAGAUGGGAGUCGCCUGGUUUCAGAUAUUGGUUCUACUGUUUGUUAAAAAUGGCUGUGGUUGUGUUUUGGGGGUGGCUUCUAUAUGCCAUAUGGUCGUUGAAAUUGUGUCCUAGAAGAAUUUUUUUCUAAUGAAGUUUUGAUAACUGAGCUGUGUGGCUUGUUUUUAAAACUUGAAAGUCAGGCAAGUGUACAAAGGACAGCAGGCGUGUGUACCAUGGUCUGUGUUUAGAUCUGAUUUGAAAGUUAACCAAAAAAAA